AAAAAAUUUUCUCCCUACUUUCUCGAGUAUGUCGAAUCCUUUCAGAUACAUUUAUAACAAAGUUCAAGAAAACGAUAUUAAAAAAUUAGCAAGAAAAAGUGGAACAACACAAGAAGGUCUCCCUCCCGCCCUCAAUAAUCACGAAACAGCUGCGUUAGCCCUCAAAGCGUUAAAAAGAGAUAGAAAUAUGCCGGCACUUGUUUUUCAUUGGGAUCCAGCAGGAUUCAACGAUGUCGCAACCUCUCCAAAUAAUCGAAACGGAAUCGUGGGACAAAAUCUUGCUGCGGUUAUUACGAACCUUACAGCUAGUGGUGCGAGAAAUUAUAACAAUAUUAUAUUUACAUUUCCAAACGGUGCCAGCAUUGGAACAUGGAAACAACAGAUAGAUACAAAUAUACCGUGGGUGCGAAGUCAAACGGGGAUUCCAAAUGUCAUUCAUACAGUCACGAGAAUCAAUCGAGUCACUGAACGUGAUACGGGAACGCCCCCAUCUGCAUUCGACCUUGAGGAUUUUUCAGAUGUCUUCAACUAACAAGCUUCUCUUUUUUCGUUCUCUUGUUAAACUAGACCCCACUCCUUUUUUUAGUAAUUGAACCAUUACCUUUUAAUGUAAUGAUUUUUUUACAGUUUUUUAAACUUAAAAAUUUUCGUUAAGUUGAUAUAAUUAUCAUUUUAUUGUUAACUUUCAAACUCCCUUUACAUACGCGUUAUAAUAUUUU